CCCCUCCUCCAGCAGAACAGGGUAUUCUCUCCGAGCGCACCGUAUCUCUGGGAAUUUGGUUUAACUAUAAGUAAAUCUAAAUUCUUUUGAUUUUACGCGUCGGUCGGUUUAUUCUAAGAGUGUCUUUGUUCGUUAACUGUUGAACUGUUUCAGCUAGUGUUUUGAAUCAGAUCCUGUCUAGUAACACGCCUAUCCAUUCAUUGUUCAAUUUAUUCAUAUUCAACCUAAAUACACUCAAGGAUCACUCGGCUUUUGUGAAGAAAUCGUCCGGACAUUUGCUUUUGCUUUUUUUACUGAAAGGAUUUUACAGGCAUCCUGCCACAUCUUCAGAAGCAUGAAACAGCCCACUGCCAAAACUGAGAUGAGCCGUUUCAACAUAUCUCCCGAAGAAGACAGCAGCAGCACCAACAGCAACGAGUACACUUACCAAGACAAGAAGGUCCCACUGAGCGGCCAAUACUCUGACAUGGAUGCAGAGAGUCAAAACUUCCUCCCUGAACACAACCUUGGCAAGAAGAAGUAUGAGACUGAAUAUCACCAGGGCAAUGCUUCCUUUGGCAUGUCCGUCUUCAACCUGGGCAAUGCCAUCAUGGGCAGUGGCAUCCUGGGUUUGUCCUACGCUAUGGCCAACACUGGCAUCGCCCUAUUUGUGAUUCUCCUCGUGGCCGUCGCCAUUUUCUCCUUGUAUUCUGUCCACUUGCUACUGAAGACAGCCAAUGAAGGAGGUGCACUGGUGUACGAGCAGUUGGGUUACAAAGCCUUCGGCAUGCCGGGGAAACUUGCCGCUUCCUGCUCCAUCACCAUGCAGAACAUCGGAGCCAUGUCAAGCUACCUCUACAUCGUCAAAUACGAGCUGCCCAUCGUCAUUCAAGCCUUUGUGGGAAGCAGCAACCAAGAAUGGUACACUAACGGUGACUACCUGGUGCUGCUGGUGACGCUUGUCAUUAUCCUGCCCCUGUCACUGCUCAGGAACUUGGGUUACCUUGGUUACACCAGUGGUCUGUCUCUGCUGUGCAUGGUGUUCUUUCUGAUUGUGGUGAUCAUCAAGAAGUUCCAGAUCCCGUGCCCUCUGCCAGUGGACGUCAAUGCUCUGAACGAAACGUUGAGCAAAGCGCUGAACACCACCAUGUUCCACCUGAACUCAACCGCCGUGGACUACAGCGAGGACAUGUGCACGCCAAAAUACUUUGUCUUCAACUCUCAGACUGUCUACGCUGUUCCCAUCCUGACCUUCGCCUUCGUGUGCCACCCUGCCAUCCUGCCCAUGUACGAGGAGCUCAAAGACCGUUCCCGCAGAAAGAUGCAGGGUGUUGCCAAUGUCUCCUUCCUGGCCAUGUUCAUCAUGUACCUGCUGGCCGCCCUCUUCGGAUAUCUGACCUUCAACCUGCACGUGGAGCCUGAGCUGCUGCACACCUACUCCAAGGUCUACAAGUCUGAUGUGGUGCUGCUGAUCGUCCGUCUGGCUGUGCUGACUGCCGUCACUCUCACCGUCCCUGUGGUGCUUUUCCCUAUUCGUACCUCUGUCAACCAGCUCCUGUGCGCCUCUAAGGAAUUCAGCUGGAUCCGCCACACCGUCAUCACUGUGGUCCUGCUAGCCGGCACCAACGCCUUGGUCAUCUUUGUCCCCACCAUCAGGGACAUUUUUGGCUUCAUCGGCGCUUCUGCUGCUGCCAUGCUCAUUUUCAUCCUGCCGUCGGCUUUCUACAUCAAACUGGUCAAGAAGGAGUCCAUGAAGUCUGUGCAAAAGAUUGGGGCCACCGCCUUCCUGCUGUGCGGCAUCCUGGUCAUGAUCGGCAGCAUGAGCCUCAUCCUCCUGGACUGGAUCCACAAUGCCUCAGCCAGCUCGGAUGCACACGCUGACGGACACUAAAGAGGACUGCUACGACCGUGCAACCAUACCAUCAAAGAUCAAAACCUUUAUUGUAAAAGAAGAAAAACACAAGAACUCACUUGAUGCUCGGCUUUGACUUCCUGAGUGACAAACCAUGCCAUUCCAAGAGAAUGUAUCCGGACUUUGUACAGUAUGCCGUUGUAGACCACAGAGAUGGUGUUUUACAUGUUUUUUUCUCUUUGCAUUGUAACUUUUUUUCAUUGUCGUUUUUGCUCCUUUUUAUUUUUAAUGUUUUGUGUAGUUAUGGUACAGCUGAAAACAUACAUUUGAAGGUGCCUCAAAUCAGAUGACAGGCGUAGAGUUCAAAAUGCAGCUUACACUCAGGUACGGUGUUACAUGAGCGUGGCUGUAACCUCAGAGCUUGGCAACAACAAAUCCUGCUGAGAAACAUAUGUGAAUCUCCCGAAGAUUGACAAGAGGCAACAGACUUGAAAGUUUAUCCUCAAAGACGAUUAAGUUCCUUCCAACAUUUGUUUUUUUUUUGUUUGUUUGUUUUUUACUUUGCCAAAAAUGUAUUUGUAAAGCAUCUUUGUAUAUUGAAAAGCACUUACUGUUCAGCACACAUCAGUUUUCACCGCCUAUUCAGUAUUCGUACAAAGGUUUUGUGACCUUGCUUAUAGUGUCAGCUUUCCUUGUAAAACAUAGUCAACAGAACCUGCCUUUUCAGACGCGACACUGGGAGCUGCAGCGUAGGACUUUUUCGAAACUGUAUUUACUCUUUAUAACCUGCUGAAGAUCUUGUUGGAAUAGCGUGUGCAGCAACCACACUACUGCUUCAAGACCUGGAGGCCACCGAGCCUCCAGUUCCACCUACCCAUUCAGGGGAGGGGGAAACUUAAACGUUUUUUCUUUAUGGGAGAAUACUUUGAAUUUGACCACAUGCAGUGGUUGUAAUAUACCUGUUAAACUUGCAAAAACUAAGAACUAGAAGUCAGGUGUGCUCUCAAACACAGACAACCAAACAACAAAGAGAGCUAGGGAGCGCGUCUGUCACGAUGUUUUGAGUGUUUUUACAUACGGUUGCGCAGUUUUCUGCUUUCAAAAUGUUUCACAAUGAAGAACUUGAUAGCUCCACGUGGACUUAUUUCCCGUCGAGUCGUGAAUCUGUCAUCUGACGGUGCACUGUGCUUCCAACACUAACUUAACACAUCACCAAAUUGUUAUUGUCCAACAUCUAUUUAUGGAAGACCGUGAAAUCAAUGUAAUUUAAUCUAUUUUACUAUAUUUAUAUAAUAUGUAUAUAUAUAUGUAUAUAUAUCUAUUGAGUUCAACUGUAUAUACGCUUUGUUUUGUUUGAACUUUUUCUUUUUUUUUUACAAUAAUGCAUUGGAGCUGUAAAACAACGAAAAACCCCAAGCUGGUGAAUUUGUGAAAUCGAAUUGGCUCCGAUACACCUGAGCUUCAACUGUUCAUCUCAGUUAAGAACAACUGAAAUAUUCUACUGUGUUGAUUCUGUGAAAACUGUGUUAUAUGUGGAAGCCACUGAUACACGCAGCGGCAGCAGUCUUGUUUCCUUUUUGGCCCCGGAACAUGAACUUGGAUUAGCAAAAUGUUCUUUACGCACAUCUUGGUUGGAUAGUAUGUCAGCCAUCUCUUGACUUCAGGAGCAAAGAGGGCUUCACCUGCCAGUGUUACACUCUUGUUUCAAUGAAACACUAUGUAUAUCCUGUAAAUAAUGUCCAAUUAAAAUCAAAGAUAAUCUAUAA